GGUUUGUGGAGACAAAAUGAGACCUCUGAUUGGCCUUUUCCUCAUCACCGUCUCCAUGGCAUUGGCUGGGAGUGUUCCCAUUAAGACCCUGGUAUUCUCCACUGCGACGAGCACCAGUUAUGUUGAGAUGAUCCCUCAAAGGCUGAUGAACCUGACUGCGUUCACUCUGUGCAUGCGAGUGGCCACGGAGCUCAGCGGCCAGCGAGAGAUCAUCCUCUUUGCAUACCGGACUGGAAGCUACGAUGAGCUGAAUGUGUGGCGUGAACUGGAUGGAAGACUGUCCUUUUACAUGGCUGGAGAUGGUGUUUUAUUUAAAGUCCCUGAGCUCGGAGCCCUGCAGACCCACCUGUGUGUCACCUGGGAUUCCACUUCAGGUUUAGCUGCCCUCUUCCUGGAUGGCAAGAGGAGCUUAUCCAAAAUCUACAGGAAGGGUCACACUGUCAGCCCAGGAGGCAGGGUUAUCCUGGGACAAGAUCCGGAUUCUUUCCUGGGUUCUUUUGAUGAGCAGCAGAGUUUUGUUGGUGAGAUCUGUGAUGUGAACAUGUGGGACGUUGUUCUGGCAGAUAGCGUGAUACAAGGCAUGUUUGCAGGGAAGAGAGUAGCAAGAGGAAAUGUUUUUGACUGGGAAAGCACAGAGCUGAGAAUUAACGGGGACGUCGAGGUCGCCAUUCGUGAGCUGUAGUUAUAAUGCUCACCCACAGGAAAACCCCCAUUCUGCUGUAUGAAAUAAUGGCUAUUCAUCAAACUGUGUGUCAAUAUCACUAACGUUACUUUAAGUUUUUAGAAAACAAAUAUGUGCUGACAUCACCUGUUUUUAAUUAUAUAUUAAAUACUCAACACAGAUUCAUAUUGUUCUAGAUUAUUCUUAUCACUUAUUUGUACUUACUUUUAAUCACACUGUCAUAGUCCCAUUGUUGUAUUAUGAGAGUUUUUAGAGCUUUUCUGUCAGUUAUUUCCAUGCAUUGAGUUCUUUUAGUUUCCUUCCCCAGUCUCAGUCUAACGUUGCUACAUGUGGGUUUGUGUCUAACUGCUGCAUUUGUUAUUUGUCUUCAUUUUUACUACCCCUCCUGUCACCUGUGUCUACUUACCCUAAUCACCCUUGUAUGUGUGCCAUCUUCCCCUCACACUUUUGUUUUAACGUCUGUGACGAUAUCUUGUAUGUUUUCUCUCCAUGCACUUGUGGAUUUGGUUUCGUAAAAACUUUUACGUUUUCCUUUGUAGGCUUGUGCCAUCAGCUUAUUAAAGAUUGUCCUAUU